AUGUGGCUAAUCAACGUCAAAACACUGGAACUGAAGGAGUUCCCCGGCGACCAAAUUCCUUCAUACGCCAUCCUGUCGCAUACUUGGGGGCCCGACAACGAGGAGCUCACUUUCCGCAAUGUCAAAGACGGAAACGUCAACAAGGACUGCGUCGGGUGGAGCAAGCUUCACGGAUGCUGUCAACAAGCCGAAAGUGACGGCAUCGAAUACGCUUGGAUUGACACUUGCUGCAUCGACAAAACCAACCAUGUGGAGCUCAGCGAGGCCAUCAACUCCAUGUUCCGAUGGUACGAGCGCGCUUUCGUUUGCUAUGUCUAUUUAGCCGACGUCCCUGGCGGCGACUCUCCCCAGGAGCCCGGAUCGAAAUUCCGGGAGAGCCGGUGGUUCGGUCGAGGAUGGACCUUGCAAGAGCUCCUUGCACCCAGCGACUUGCGCUUCUACAAUUCGGAUUGGCAUAUGCUAGGGAGCAAGAAAGGCCUACGGGACAUUAUCCAGGAGAUCACUGGCAUACCCGAUGAGUUACUGCAGGGCAUCACCGAACUGCACGGGGCGAGUGUUGCGCAGCGUAUGUCGUGGGCUGCGCGAAGAGAAACGAAAAAGAAGGAGGAUCUCGCAUAUUGUCUCCUGGGAAUUUUCGGCGUAACGAUGCCAAUGCUCUACGGCGAGGGCGGCGACCAGGCCUUCUUCCGGCUACAGCGCCAUAUCAUGAUGGAGAAGACGAGAGACGAUUCCAUCCUAGCAUGGGGCCUCAGCGCCCAAGAAGCACCCACCAGUGAUUCCGGCCAGGUCACAUCCGGGAGGAUUUUGGCGGCCGGUCCAGAGGAAUUUGCAAACUCGGGCCAUAUUGUUUCCUACGAGUUAUCUGCCCCCUCGAAGCACUCCCUCGAGUUUUCUGGCGGCUACCUUCGAAUCCACCUCCCGUUGCACAUUGUGUCGGCUGGCAACGCGAUCGGGCUGCUAAAUUGCGGUCCCCAGCACGCCGAUCAACAAGUCGAUCAACAAGUCGAUCAACAAGUCGUUGGAAUCCCUCUAGCCGAGACAACGCCGGGAUCCGGCCUGUACGUUCGACCACAGGAACGCCCUGUAGUGUUGCGACCGAAAACUGCAUCCGGGGCUUUGUCAAUGCUCAUCAACAUCAAGAACGACAGCCAAGCCAAGCCGCCCGCGGACGCGAACCGACAGGUCUGGCUCUACAAUAACGGGAAAUUUUCCCUAGUCAACCUGAGCUUGAUUGACGUGGUGCCCCAAUCUUGUUGGGAUAAAGAGGGAACCCAGAUCACGCCUGCGGUCGAAUCCGAUGGUGCUAUGCAUCGAACAUUAGCUCGAUUCCGUCACAGUGAUGAAUUGACCUGUGAUUUCGUGAUAGUGCUCGAGUUUGAACAACGGGGCACACGCACGAUGGCUCGGAGCUGGGUAACGAUAUGCUCCAGAAAGACGCCACUGGAAGAGCUGGCCGGGAAGCUCCACCACAUGGCGCACAAAGUAUCUGGCAAAGCAAGUGCCAGCAACGGACCGCUCAAUUUGCGGGUGACAUUGGAGCAUGGUGCACACCAGCCAACGUUUCGCGUCAGGCUAGAAGCAAUGCCUCAUCCACCAGACGUUACCAUCGAUGCAACUGCGGAGCUGCAAAAAUGGGAUCUGGAGCUGGAGCUUGCACAAACACUGUGUGAAGGAAGUGCCAAGAUACGACGUCUGAUUACGAGACAGGCAGAGGUGCAAAAACGGUGGAACGACCUCUGGCAUACUGACGGCGACGGGACGGGUGUCCAGACGCCGCUUCAGUGGGCUGCCGAAAGUGGCUACGCCGACAUGGUCAAGGUGCUUCUCGACGGCGGUGCCGACGCGGCGGCCGCGGACAAAAACGGAUGGACGCCGUUGAUUGCGGCUUCAAGUAGGGGACAUGUCGAUGUGGUCCAACUACUCCUCUCCACUAGCGGGGUGGAUAUAGAUUCGAAAGACAGCGAUGGCCGGACGGCGCUGGGAUGGGCCGCCGGCGAGGGCCACGGCGCUGUCCUACAGCUGCUGCUCGAAAAGGGCGCGGCCAUGUGCACCUUCCGGCAAACCCUUCAAGGCCACGCCGAGCCCAUUUGCGACCUCGCCUUUUCGCCCGACAGCAAGACGCUCGUGUCGGCGUCGGAAGACAAAACGGUCCGGCUUUGGGAUACGGCUACCGGCGCCCCCGGGCAGAUACUCCGGCAACACGAUGACGCGGUUGUGGGCGUCGCCUUCUCGCCGGACGGCAAGACGCUCGCGUCGGCGUCGAGAGAUGGAACGGCCAGGCUUUGGGAUACGGCCACUGGCGCCCUCCGGCAAACCCUGCGGGAGCACAAGAAUUACGUCCAUGGCGUUGCCUUUUCGCCGGACGGCAAAACGCUCGCAUCAGCAGGGAUGGACAGAACGAUCCGGCUUUGGGAUACGGCCAGCGGCGCCCCCCGGCAGAUACUCUGGCAACACGAUGGCCCAGUUAUGAGCGUCGCCUUCUCGCCGGACGGCAAGACGCUCGCGUCGGCGUCGUGCGACGAAACGGCCAGGCUUUGGGAUACGGCCACCGGUGCCCUCCGGCAAACCCUGCGGGAGCACAAGAAUGACGUCCUUGGCGUUGCCUUUUCGCCGGACGGCAAAACGCUCGCAUCAGCAGGGAUGGACAGAACGGCCCGACUUUGGGAUAUAACGAGCGGUGCCCUCCGGCAAACAUUCCAACACGAGAAGCAGGUUUCUGCCGUUGCUUUUUCGCUAAACGGCAGGAUCCUCGUGUCCGGAUCGGGUGAUGCAACUAUCCGGCUUUGGGACGUGAAUAGCGGUGCCCCGCUGCAAGAACUCCAAAGACGCGGUGUGCUUUUUAACGCCGUCGCAUUUCUGAAAACCCGAAGACAACGUAUGGCUAUUAACGCCGUCGCAUUUUCGCCCGACGGUAAAACGAUCGCGUCGGGUUCGGAGGCCAAAACUAUCCGGCUUUGGGACGUGGUUUAA